GGCAGGCCCCCCCCUGCUCCCACUGGCCUUGAAAUAGCGGCGGCGGGCUCAGCACCGCGCAGUGACCCGGCUCCACGCACCAUGGGUGGCAAGAAAGUCUGCGUCGUGGGCUCCGGCAACUGGGGCUCGGCCAUUGCCAAGAUCGCCGGCAGCAACGCGGCGCGGCUGAGCACCUUCGAGAAUCAGGUGAACAUGUGGGUGCUGGAGGAGGAGGUGGGCGGCCGGCGCCUCACCGACAUCAUCAACACGGAGCACGAGAACGUCAAGUACCUGCCGGGGCACAAGCUGCCCCCCAACGUGGUAGCAGAGCCAGACCUGCUGAAAGCUUGCGCAGGGGCUGACAUCCUCCUGUUCGUGGUGCCCCACCAGUUUAUUGGCCAAGUCUGUGACCAGCUCAAGGGCCACAUGAAGAAAGAUGCUGUUGGGGUGUCGCUCAUCAAGGGGGUGGAUGAAGGACCAGAUGGGCUGAGGCUGAUCUCAGACAUCAUCCACGAGAAACUGGGAAUAGAGAUGAGCGUCCUCAUGGGCGCCAACAUCGCUAAUGAAGUGGCAGGAGAGAAGUUCUGUGAAACAACCAUCGGCUGCAAGAACAUCCAGCACGGGCAGACGCUGAAGGAGCUGAUGCAGACACCCAACUUCCGAGUGACGGUGGUGCAGGACGCUGACACCGUGGAGAUCUGUGGGGCUCUCAAGAACGUUGUGGCUGUAGGAGCUGGUUUCUGUGAUGGGCUCGGCUACGGAGACAACACGAAGGCUGCCGUGAUCCGUCUGGGGCUGAUGGAGAUGAUCGCCUUCGCCAAACUCUUCUGUAAGGGCCCCGUCGCCUCCUCCACCUUCCUGGAGAGCUGCGGGGUGGCUGAUCUCAUCACCACCUGCUACGGUGGCCGCAACCGCAAGGUGGCUGAGGCUUUUGCCCGCACUGGGAAGACUAUUGAGCAGCUGGAGAAGGAGAUACUGAACGGGCAGAAGCUGCAGGGACCCCCGACGUCUGCUGAGCUGCAUCGCAUCCUUAAACUCAAGAACAUGGUGCAUAAGUUCCCCCUCUUCACAGCUGUGUAUCAGAUCUGCUAUGAGGGCAAACCUGUCACCGAUGUCAUCAAGUGUCUCCAGAACCACCCUGAGCACAUGUAAGUGGGCUCUGCCUGGGAAACCACCGAUCCUGCCGAGCGGAGAGCUCCUGCCCGCGCCAGCUCGCUCUGCUGCUGCAGCCUCGUAAGGAGGCUGGAUUUCCUGGGAGCCUUUGCAGAGUGCUGGAAGGGCCCAGGUUCCCCUUCUCAGCCCUGGACACUGCCAGCCUGAGCCUGGCACCUGCACGGAGGUACCUGCUGAUCCCUCUCUCCCUCUGAAGGACUCGUUUAAGCUUCUGCUGCUGUCUAGGGUCUGUCCUGAGUGAUGCCCGGCGUCCUCCUCCUUUCACUUUCUCUCGCCGUGAUGGAUUCACCUCUCAGAGGGACUCUGCCAGGUCGUCCUGAUCGAUGUGGGCUGUGCACGAGGUGCUGCUUGGGAGGAGAAGCUUUGCUGUUAGCCCCGCGGGGCCCUUCGCAUGAUGCUAGCCCUGUCCUGCUCCCUGCGGUUGCUUUGGGCUCAGCUGGCUCGUGGGGAGGGCCCAGCUCCCUGCCAGGCUCCACCAGCGUGCCUGAAGCUCCUCAGGACUUUCAAAGGGGCCGAGAAUCACUCUUCUUCCCAAGAAGCACAGAAUACAGCACCUUUGCCACCCUGUCGUGCGCUGUUUCCCAGCCACCACCACCUGCCCCUGCCCAACGGUGCGGCCAAUGCUUUGCGUGUGAGGGCAGCCCCACAGUGAGGCUUUAGAGCUUGUUUAUUUAGAUUUUUUUUGCUCUCGCUAUCAAAUCUGGCCCCUGCCCCUGGGAAAUUCCCCUCUUGUCACAGAUUUGCCUGUGCUAAAUGCCCCCUGACUGUCCCUGGACAGCCUUUCUCCCUUAUGGGUUUGUCCUCUGGCUGGCUUUGGCACUGCAGGGACCAACCGCCCCAAAGUCUUUCUGAGCAGCUGGCAGGCUGUGUAACCCUUGACAGUGAACCCGACAAAGCAGUAGGGUCAUGUUGCUUUUAGAUGAAUGAUCCACAGCAGCUUUUUGCCUUCUCUCUGGCUUGCUCCAGUCUCUGCCUUAGCCUGGUCUUUGCUCCUACAUGUGGCUUGCGAGGAGCUGAGAAAGCAGGUUCCACACUUUACUUUCCCGCACUGCCCUUCCUGUGAGGGUGCUGGAAGCUGCCCACCAGCCCAAGGGGCAGCAAGGGACAUGUGAUCCACGGGAGGUACAAGGAGACCUCCACCAUCACAGGAGAGGACAGAGGUCUCACACCUCGUGCUGUGCCUUUCAGAGUUGCCCCUUGGCCAGCCGGGUGCCACGUGCCCCUCUGGUGCUCUGCAGCUGGCUCGCUCCGCUCGUGUUUGCUCAGGCCAGCGUGUCCAGAGGUUCACUGACCCUGGCAGGCCCGAGCUGCUCCAGGUCUCACUGUCCACCUCCCUUUCAGGUCCUAGUGCCGCUGGGUCUCUGACUAGCAGUGUACUUGAUGAACAUUUAAAAUAAUAAUAAACUUGGAGAGGAGAGAGGGGACACGCUCUUUGCUCUGUGGCUCCGGUGCAUCGUUGUCUUUGGGUUGGUGCCUGCUGGCCUUGCUGAGUGCAGAACAGGGCACUGUCAGUUCCCUCCUGGCUCUGCACCCUUGUGUGCUGUCCCAGAAACAGCAAGAAUGCCCCUGCAGGUCACUGUUGAGUCACAACAUAACACAGUGUCCCACUUGCCUUCUCUCAGCAGCAGUUCCAGCGUUAAGGGUUGGCCGUAGGACCGCAGAGGGCUGAGGCUGCGAUGCUGAACUGGGUACAGAAUCCAAACUCUUCUACCUGGGGCCUGCAGGAGCCAGGCCAGGACCCCACUGUGCCUCAUCUACCCCAGGCCUCCCCUUCUCUGAUGUCUUGGCUUCUUGGGGCAUGCUGUGUUGUUUUAUUCAUCUCUUCCCAACUGCUUUUCCUGGACUUGCCCUCUCCCUUUCUUUCUUUGAAAUGCAUCUCGUACUGAGUGACCUUUCCAGGACUGUUAGCCCUCUGCUCAGCCUCUUGCUAGGGGAAUUUAAUCUGCUGGCACUGCAGUUGUUUCUGUGCCUUUUAUUAGACAUGCUUUCUCACUAGGCACCCUACGACCUUUAAAUUCAACUGAGCUAUCGUACGGAAAGUAGCCAGCAUCAGCUUCCUCUAAUGAGGAACUUUAUUGAGGUUGGAGGGAAGAUAAAGGAAGUCCAGCGUGUUCCUACAGGGCUGGCACAACUUCUAUUCCCUUUGUCUUGAAUUGCUUCAGGAAUCCCAGCUCAAGCGUUUGACCACGAGGCUCAUAAUGGAGGGAGGGUGCCAGAGUCUCCUCCCUCCACACCUCGCAGUCUCUCACCUGGGCUUUGCCAAACUCUUGCCAGCACCUGCCUGGAGCUGCAGCAGGAUCCGGAAUUGUGUUUUAGACUUGCAUUUAGCUGUUAGCUUCUCUGCUGUGGAAUUGCUUUGUGCAUCCCUCCUCGUGUGGGUUCCUCUGACACUGUGGCACUGGCCGAGUCCCUGCCAGCCCUUCCCAGCAUUUGCUGAAGGUCCCAAGUCUCACCUGGGGGUGGCCAGUGCACGAACCUCUUGCUUUUAGACGCCCCGUGCCUCGCACUAGUGCUGGAGUUCACGAGCUAUAAAAAGUCUUCCCUUUGCCAUUUGGAGUUAUGUUCUGCAGCCUCAGCACAUCCAGGCACCGCAGGACUCGGCAGCCUGGGGAGCUGCUGCUGCGGAGCGGCCCCGGGGAAAGGCCCCGGGAGAUGGGGGGGCUGCCGGGCUCCUGCAGCCUCAGUGCUCGACAGAGCCCCGGGCGCAGCGCGGUGCCGUGACAGCACGAUGGAAACGCCA